AUGAAGCUGACACUUGUCCUUCUGCUCCUCGCCCUGGCAUGCUGCUCCUUGGAUGCGCAUCACCAUGGUAAGCAUCACUCCUCUGGUAACUAUCCCACUUAAUGGCUCUUUGCCUCAAGAGGCAAAAAUAAUCCAGUCUAAUGUCUUCAGAUAUGGCAUCUACAAAUGAGAUGCAGGAGAACUUCAGCAAAAUCAUGAAUGCCCGUACCUGACACUUCAGGCAUACUCUCCUGAGGUAGCUGCAGUGGCAACCAGGGGCCCAGGAUAAAGGAUGGUCUUUGGGAACCCUCCACCAAUGCAACCCCCUCCCCUAAUAAAUCAAGCAAAGCAUCAUUUAUUGCAAGAAUUAAUAAGACAUCUGAUUCUUAAACAAGUAGCCAAGUUAGAUGACUUGCUUCUAGUUUGGUGAAACAAAUUUUUCAAAAGAGAUUUGCCUAGCUAGCUUAUUUUCUUCUGAGAGCGUAAGAUAGGGGUCGAGCCUAUCUUGCCCCUUGGUAAAUCUUGGGUGCUCCUUUGUCAGAAGGGGCGAGGGAAGGAUAAGGAAGCCCUGUCCAUAAGUCAGAUCCAGCCCAUAGCUUAAUUUCAUAUGGAGGCCAUGCAGUCUUCUCCCCAAGAAAGACCUGGGUGGACAUGAGCAUUGGGUGCCACUGCCUGAAGGCACAUGCUCACUUCCAUCCUGCCUUCUCUAUUCAUCUGGUAGGUGCAGAGGCUGAGAAAACCAGCAUGCCUCUCCACUGUCCCCAGGUGGGCUGGAGGGAGAUGAUGGAAACACUUCCUCCUGUCUCUCACCUGCCUGCCUGUCCAUUAAUGUAGGAGUGUCCACAUUACACUCUCUCCAUUUCAGGGUUGUCCCACACCUUUCCACCUUUUAAUGUGGGGUUUUUUUUCAAUCCUUGGAAAGCCCGAAGAGGCCAGGCUUGAAAAACCUUGCAAUAAUGAAGAGACAGGAAAGUGCAAAUCCAUGCUUUGCUCCAGUGUGGACAAGCUCAUAGCAUCUGCUGGUGUAAGUGCCUCUGUCUUGCAGUCUUCUUCUCUGGCAUCCCAGCUGGAUCCUGGGCAGGGCAGUCUGAAGUGGGCUAUCAUGGUUGCAGCCAGUUAUCACUUAGUUUUUAUUUACUUUUCAAAGAUGAUACUAAAGAAGAGUAUGUGUGUGUGUUUGUAGAUUUAAAGUGUUUUUAACAGCCUGUUUGGGUUUUUAUUUUCCUUCUUCCUAGAUUCCCACAAAACAUGCAAACCUAUGGAGAAAUUUCUAGGUGCAAAGUUUUCUGGAACAGAUUCUGAGUAUAUGGAAGAACUUGAACGUUAUUCUGACAAUGAAGAUGGCAUCCAAGCUGCAAUGGAAGUAAAAGAUCUUAUUGAAACAUUUUCGGCUGAGAAACGUUCGGAAUACCUGAAACUUCUGGUAAUUUUAAGCAUUGUCCUUCUUCUUGCUGGCUUUUUGUGCUUCUAAUUCAUAAGAAGAGACAGGGGGAGGAAUAUGAUAUUGUGACUGCCAAACAGAAUGAUCUCCUCUCUCCUCCUGCCACAUGCUGUUCUGGGGGUUCUCCUGAUGCCCCAGAAGGGAUUGGGGGGUAGAAGGGGAGUCGUAUUGCACUAGUUGGAGCCUGUGCACUGACUUCUGCUAGCACACUGGGUUAAUUGAAUCCAACCCAGGAUGUAUAUGUUUCCCCCCCCCCAUCUAAUUUUUUAAUUUCAUUUUUAUUUAUGAAUUUAUAAGAGUACAAAAUACAGAACUGAAAAAUAAAAGAAAAAAGUGAAAGAAAAGGAAGGGGGAAAGGGGGGGGGAGAUACAUUACAUCAACCCAUAAUUCUAUUUCAUCGACUUCCCAUCCAUCCUUCCAUGGUUCCCUAAAGUUUCACUUUCCUGCUGCAUAUUCUAUUUUUUCUAACUAUUUAAACAUUCAAAUACUUCCCAGUAUAAACUAUAACUGCUGAGCUUACUCCAAACCGAUCAAAGUUCUAACAUUUUUACAAUGGUUUUUUAGGUAGUCUACAAAUGGCUUCUGUCCCGGGGAUGUAUAUGUUCUCACCUAUCCCACAAAUUACAGUCUUUUGGUUUUAAGAGUGUUUUACCCUGCAGAUUGAAAGUCAUAUGACAAAAUCUGAUGCUCUAAAACGGUUUUAAAUACGUUGCCUGACCCCAGCACUCUCCACAUACUAAUUUACAUCCACAGCACACGUAUCUGUAUUCUCUUUUCAUCCCAGAUAAAUGUUUGCAUGCCCAGGCAGAUACCCCUGACCCCAAGAGCCAUGAAUGACUCAUGAAUGACUCAUGACGUGUUAUGGGAUUAAAUUGACCACAACUUUAAACUUUCAGAUGUAGGAAAACCUUAGCUUAGGCAUUGGGCAUGUAUCCCUCCCAGUCCCCAGCUGGGGAUUUGGAGCACACCCGGGUAAUCAGAUCUGUCUGGGAAGUGGGCUGGCUCUGGAAGACAUUUGUUUACGCAGUGUCCACCACCAUUUCACCGCAACACUGGGGAGUGCACUGACAACUUUUCAGCUUAUGGCCCUUUAACGGGGAACCCUGGGAUCGCCGCCGUAGAGGGGGAGCAUCACCGCUACACCCCCCCCCAUAUAGGGAAGAUAGACUAAAGGAUUCCACCCAAGGCCUAAAACCUCCAAAGCUGUGACAUCUGCUACAGGGAAGGCGAAACUUGCCAAUGCAGGGAAAUUCCUUCCCGGUCCCUUAACAGCAACCAUCCUAAGACCAUAGCAGCACCUGAAUACCUGUAAAAGAAGUUAACCUGUAAUAAAAGAGCAUUAAACAAAGGGAGGGUAGGGAAGGUGAAGCUCUGGAGCUGACUGUGUGCUGUAAGGUAGGCUCCACCCCUUUUAACUACGCAAAGAGCUCUGCCUCCCCCCACCACAGAUAGGUUUAUUAGAACUGAGGUUUGGUGGGAACCUCAAAGAGCUGUGACGUGGGGAGGUGGACCAGGAACUUCUGCCAUUGUCUCAGGGAUCAGGGUACUGCGUGCGGCCAUGCAAAGGGCGCCUUCCGGUUGAUGGGAAAGCGGUCACUACGCAGGUUGCCUAUGCCAUCCAUGCGAACCGAGGUACAGAGAGGAGGCAAAUAUACCACCCCAUGAGGCAAUCUCCUACUGUUUGAGAAGCAGGCUGAUGAUUAAAUCCAAGACACAAAUACUUUUUCUUCCAACUCCCUUGAGUUGGCUCAACUAGAACUCCCUCAAGCCCUGUCUACCUCACCCCUUCCCUUCCUCCUCAUUCAUAAGGAUCCCUGAAGCCUGAUGGCCAAUAGCUGUGCCUCUCCCAGCUUUACAUUACCUUUCUAAUCUCCCAGCCAUUCUUCACCAGCAGGCCCUGCUGACAAGGAGAAAGGCAGUGGUACGGCCCUUGGUGGUCCUUCAGAUUAACCCUACUACAGUUUCAGCCCUCUUUCUUUCUUUCUUUCUUUCUUUCUUUCUUUCGUUCUUUCUUUCCCUCCUAUAUAAUAAAAAAAAUCUAACUGGUGAACAAGAGUAUAUGAAAAUAUGUACAUAAAGUCACUGGAGCUACAUUGCAUAGCUGUGAUUUCUUUCUUCUUUGUCAUUCAGAAAAACUUAAUGCACAAAUGCAAAAAAGACUGGAAGAACUGAUCUUUGGAUAAUGCUACGCUGAUUUCACAAGCUGACCACCAAUUCCUGAAAUAUCAUAUUAUUGAUCCAGUCUUCGAUUUCGCUUGUACUGUCCUUAUUCAAAGAAGCUCCCUGUGGGGCAAUAAUCAUUAUGUGACAGAAAACCUAGAGAAAUCUCAUGUGCUGUUCUGCAAUCAGUCAUAUUCAAAUUGUUAUUAAACUUACUGCCU